AUCAGUUUUAGUUGGUAGUAUAAUAGUUUGUCAUGUGUUAGAACCAAAAGAUGGAAUUGAUUUAUGUCCUUAGAAUCAGUUACAUCUUUAUCCAGAUCUAAAGGCUGUUAAUCUGUCAUUAUACCUUCUUUAGGAAAGUUUUUUUUUUUUUUUUUUUUUUAAUAGAAACUUGGGUGCAUUAUGGGCUUCUAGAGAGCAGAUACAUUUUGUUUCUUGAAUGAAUGGUUCACUAAACUGGUAGGUGCCGGGCAGGGCAUGUAUUUCAUUUUGAUUGUAAACUUUGGCUCACAGUAAUUUCUGUAUUUACUUAAUCAAAUUGAGGCUUUAAAUGUGUAACAGGAUACUUGCCACAUAGGAGGAGGGCUCAAAUACAUGUUGAAUUAAUGAUUCAGUAAGUUUAGGUCAGGGUUUAUAUAGAAUUUAAUGAUUUUGUUGAUUGUAUCAUUUAAGGGUAACAUUUUUUUGGGGGGGUGGUGGGUAUUGGGAAUUGAACUCAGGGGCACUCGACCACUGAGCCACAUCCCCAGCCCUAUUUUGUAUUUUAUUUAGAGACAGGGUCUUACUGACUUGUUUAGCGCCUCACUUUUGCUGAUGCUCUCUUUGAACUCUGGAUCCUCCUGCCUCAGCCUCCUGAGCCUCUGGGAUUACAGGCCUGGGCCAUCACACUAGCAAGGGAGCUAUGAAUCAAGCAGAUAAAAAUCAAGAAAUCCCAUCAUACCUUAGUGAUGAACCACCAGAAGGUUCAAUGAAAGAUCAUCCACAGCAGCAACCAGGCAUGUUGUCCCGUGUGACUGGGGGUAUCUUCAAUGUUACAAAGGGAGCUGUUGGUGCCACCAUCGGUGGUGUAGCUUGGAUUGGUGGAAAAAGUCUGGAGGUGACCAAAACAGCUGUUACAACUGUGCCUUCCAUGGGAAUAGGGCUGGUGAAAGGGGGUGUUUCUGCUGUGGCUGGAGGUGUUACAGCUGUUGGGUCUGCUGUUGUAAACAAAGUGCCCUUAACAGGAAAGAAGAAAGACAAAUCUGACUAAAAUAUGGAGAUAUACUUGCUCUCCACAGCAUUAUGAUGCCAGUGGCAUUGAAUUGCUAAAUUAUGGACUACAACCAAGUCACCUGUUUUGGACGUUUAUCUUCUAAACUGCUGUGUUGAAAGUAUUGACGACUGGCUUUCAUCUAAAAAGAAGAGACCAAUACUAGCACAGUGUAUGAAGGUUUCUCAUACUCAAAUUCCAGGUUUUUAUCUGGUAAAAUGUUACUCUUAUUCAGUUGUAACUGAAAAUAUGGUAUGUUUGAAUAUUUACUAUAAGUCUUUCAGUUUGACUAAAAAUGUGAAAGUUGAAUUUAGUAGAUGAUCUUUACAGUUCCAUAUGUACAACGUGCCAGGUAACUCAUGCCCCUUACAAAGGGAACCUUGAACUACAUAAACUGUACCUUUGAUGUGCCUAAUAGUUUCAGAUGUCUUAGUUUUUUAAAACCAUAGUUGUUUAGGCCAAGAGGCAUUUUGUUUCUUAUUUAAGCUGGCAAAAGUAGCAGGAAUUUGAGAAGUUUAAAAGAAAAGAUAAAUGGUUUUAUGAUAAUAUUAAUCAUCUUUUGUUAGAUAUGCAUUGUAUUCAUUUAAUCAUUGAUGCCUUACAAAAGAAAACAUCUUUUCUAAUACCUUAAAUAUGUGCAGUUCUUAUAAUUAUCUAUGGAUUUUUUUUCAAGGUUGUAAAAUUAGUUUUCCCUCUUAAGAAUCUCAGGAGUGGUGGGAUAAAGGCAUUUCUUGCUGUCAGUGGAUAAGACAGUGCUUGUUAGCUGUUCUGUUAAGUCGUUAAGGUCAAAUUGUAUAUUUCAACUUGGGUUCUUACUUCAUUGUUAAUUCACCUAACAGUGCCUAAGGAGUAUUUCUUAGCCGUUCAGAAGCUAUGUUGGAAGAGUUUCAGAUUAAGGAGGAACAAAUAUUAAGUAUUUAAAAAUUACCUAAAAGCAUCCAAGAUAUAAAAAGAAUCUUUUUAGGAUGUCUUAAAGUAUCAGUAGUUCUCCCUUUUAAAAAUACAAUAAAAGCAAUCACAAAUAUGUAAGGACUGACUUUUAAAUUGAAUGAAAUGGGCUCCAUACAUCAGUUUUGAAUAUAAAAUAUAAGUGCUUUCUAUGAUUUACAUAGGCUUUUAAAAAUAUCUUACAGUCCUUCAACACAACUGUAGACUUCACACCAUUUUUCAAAUCAAUUUCAGGUAGGGAAUUGAAGUUUUUGAUUAUGGAUGGCAAAUGUGUCAUAUCUUACUAACAUUUGUCAUCCUGUCUCAUUCAUUCUCAAAGUUACAUACCUAGAUUUUUGUUUCAUGUUUAGCUUCAUGAAAAUUUAACAAUUCACAUGUAUUUGGCAUUCCUUAUAACUGAGGAUUAUACCUUAAUCCUGAAAAAAAAAAAAAACAAUUUUCUUUACACUUCAAGUCUGGAAAUUUGUCCAUUCUUCCUCCACCUCCCAAAGGGAGGAAGAAAGGGCAAUGGGGUCAUGUUCUCCAGUAAGUCAUUCAACAUAGUAUCUCUGAGAACUUGAACAGAUUACUCUGAAACCUGAGGCUUAUAUAAACCACUACAAAUAUUACAUUAAUAAUAUGAUUAACAAUUCGAUAAGAAUAUCACCUUUAGCUUUCAUAAAUACCAGCAGGAAUUUUGAGCAAAUCUACACAGGGUCUUGAACCUUUCACUUAUACAAAACUGAAGUCAUCAGGAAUUAAAUGAAGUCAUGAGGAAUUAAAUGGUCAUUUAUUUCAUGCAAUAUGUUGGUAUAUUGGUCAAAUGUUUUAAUUAGCAAAGGGAAUUUGUUUUAAACUUCAAAGUAGAUAAAUGCUAAAUGAUCUAAGUAAUGGUAUUAGAGAACUUGUUUCCUGCUAUUACAUAAAUUACUGCUUCAUUGCUAGUAUUUUUAAUUUAUCUUAUAUAGUCAUAGGCUCUGCUGUUUUGUACUUGAAUUUCUUCUAAGGAAUAGACUUUAGUUUACUAUAUGCUUGCAUAUUUAUUUUUAGCUUUGCUUGUCUUAAAUUUGCUUGAGGAAAAUGGAUAUAAUUCAUUUCUGCUACAGAAAAGCUACUUGGUACAUUUUAUUUCAUCCAGAUUGUUUUAAAUUCUAACCACAACUUUGUUCAGAGGGGCUUUUGCAAUGGUAGCAGAGAACUGUACAAAUGUACAGUAUAGGUUCUUGUUGAAUGAACUUACCCUUUGAUGAUAUAUGUACAGCUGUAUCCUCAAGUCUUUUCCAGUUUAUUUACAUAGACUAGCAAUUUGACCUGUUAAACAGGACGUUGACUUCAAGAAACUGCAAUCGUUUUAUAUACACCUGGAGGUAUCUUACUCAGCUUAUUUUUUGAGUGGGUAUUUGGCACAAUGAAGAUAAACUUGUGUGACCCACUUGAAUGACUGAUCUAAUAAUGUUGACAUGAAUCCUGUACUUAGCAAAAUGUCAAGUGAAAAUAAUUGAUGAUUAAUUUUUUUGUAUUAAAGAAUGGGAAACAAACAUGAACUUGUUAAUAAAGCACUAUGAUCUGCAAAA